UUCUAAUAUGCAAGAUUGACAAACGUCUUCUUAAACAAAAUAAUUAUUCCACAGUCAUUAAAAUCCGUGGAUACUGCCUCCUCUGGAGGUUCAUCCAACAGUGGUGCACCAGCAAAACUAAAUUAUGACAGAGCCAAGUCUGGUAGGCGUGCGGGUUUGGGCAGCUGCUGGUGUGCAACACGUCGGAGGGACAACCGCCAGAAUGAGAAAAGCUGCCUCAUCCGAGUCCGAUUAGAGGAGGACAGAGCACAACAAUUCAAAAUGAUUUUGGUGACUAAUCAAGAUCGUGUAUCUGAAGUUCUCAACAAAGCCAUGACCGCGCUCAAAUUUGAACCCGAGCGUCCUCAGCAAUUUGAUCUAGCACAGAUCAUUGAAUCAAAUAAAGUGCUCAUACUUCCGGCCGAUGCCAUCCUGUAUUACGCAAUGAACAAGAAAGUGAAUCACGACUUCAUCCUGAGAUUCACCGAAAGAAGAUCUUCAUGUCUAUGCAAGUUUUAGCUGCAACGUUGAAGCCUCCUUCCCGAUGUGAAUCAGUGAGCUAUGGUGAGGAAGGGCUUUAGAGAGCUUACCGCCCUGAUUUUUUAGA